AUGGUGACAUUUUUCUAUAUUAAAGGGAUCACUGAUGAGUCAGAUCUCCAGAUUUUAAUCUUCAUCCCAGUCCUGCUAAUUUAUUUCAUCACCCUUGGUGGCAAUGUGACCAUUCUUCUGCUCAUUUGUUUGGAUCAUCACCUGCACACUCCCAUGUACUUCUUCUUGGCCAACUUGUCCAUUGUGGAUGUGUCUUCUUCCACCAUCACUUUGCAUAAAGUCCUAGUCAUCUUCAUAACUGGAGAUCACAUGGUUUCAUAUCCAGCAUGCAUAACUCAGAUGUACAUUUUUGCAUCCUUGAUUGGACACGAGCUUCUAAUUUUGUCUGCAAUGAGUUAUGAUCGAUAUGUUGCCAUCUGUAACCCAUUGCGUUACCACAUGAUUAUGAACAGUAGAGUUUGCUCUUUGCUUGCCAUCAGCUGCUGGUUUAUGGGCUUCGUACAAGUCCUACCUGCUGUUGUAAUCUUCUCAGGCUUCUCAUGCUACACCUCUAAUGAGAUCAACCACUUCUUCUGUGACAUGAUACCUUUGAUAAAAAACAUCUGUAAUGACACUUCUGUAUUGGAUAUUGUGUUUUUAAUCCAAGGAAUCUUUGUUAUAACACUACUCCCCUUCCUUUUUACCUCAAUCUCUUAUAUUUUUAUCAUAUCUACCAUAAUGAGGAUCGUUUCCAACACUGGAAAACGAAAAGCCUUUUUUACAUGCUCCUCACACCUAACAGUAGUCAUUCUUCUUUAUACAACACUUGUCUCCCAGUACUUGACACCAACAUCAUUGGGAACAUUGAAUGCAAAGAAGAUGUUCUCUCUAUUCAAUACAGCAGCUGUUCCCUUGACAGCAGCUGUUCCCUUGUUAAAUCCUUUAAUUUAUAGUUUGAAAAAUAAAGAUGUUAAGUUAGCUGUAAGACGUAUGUUGGGGUUCUGUAAAUUCAUUGGCUGA